GAAAGCUGCCUGUCUGUCUAGUGGAGAAGCGGAGUCGUGGAGCUCGGAUGGGAUAGCCUACUCUCCCGAUGCUAGUGGAGUGAAGGUGUAUCUGCCGGAUAAUAUGCAACCGAUCACUCUAGAAAAAAGACGUCGCCGAUUCAGUUCCAUCUGAAAUAGGCUACACUGAUGACGGAUAUCCAAGCGGAUUGCCUCGUGAUUCCAGCAUUGAUGGCAAGAAAAUAAUAUUCCCCAUAACAAGACGCGGCUUCUGUGGUCAACCUGUCUGCAAAUGCACCCUGCAAAUUAAAACGCGCAUUUCAAUAAUUUACCCCAUAUUCAUACAACAAGUUUCAGCGAUCUUACUUGGUUUUUUGGACCUUUGCAUUUUCCUUUUCAGUCAUGGACGAAGACAAUCAAGUACCUGAAGACCUUUCCUUGGAAGAGAGAGAUGAGCUGUCAAACAUACGACGCAGGAAAAAAGAGCUACUGGAUGACAUUGAGCGGUUGAAGUUUGAGAUUGCAGAGGUGAUGACUGAGAUCGAGCAGCUAACCUGCGUGGGGGACAGUAAAACAACACAAAGAAAUAAACAGAUUGCCAUGGGAAGGAAGAAAUUCAACAUGGACCCCAAAAAGGGGAUCCAGUUUCUGUUGGAGAACGACCUUCUCCAGCACACUCCUGAGGACGUAUCCCAGUUCCUCUACAAAGGAGAGGGCCUCAACAAAACUGUCAUAGGGGACUACUUAGGAGAGAGGGACGACUUCAACCUCAAGGUGCUGCAGGCGUUCGUAGACCUUCAUGAGUUUGCAGAUCUCAACCUCGUACAGGCUUUACGACAGUUUCUGUGGAGUUUCAGACUGCCUGGUGAGGCUCAGAAGAUCGAUCGUAUGAUGGAGGCCUUCGCUUCGCGGUACUGCUCCUGCAACCCCGGUGUCUUCCAAUCCACAGACACGUGUUAUGUCCUGUCCUUCGCCAUCAUCAUGUUGAAUACCAGCCUCCACAACCCCAACGUCAGAGACAAGCCCCCCGUAGAGAGAUUCAUCUCCAUGAACAGAGGCAUCAACGAGGGAGGAGACCUGCCAGAGGACCUACUCAGGAAUCUCUAUGAGAGCAUUAAGAGUGAACCCUUUAAGAUCCCAGAGGAUGAUGGGAACGACCUGACUCACACGUUCUUCAACCCAGACAGAGAGGGAUGGCUGCUCAAACUGGGGGGAAGAGUGAAGACCUGGAAGAGAAGGUGGUUCAUCCUGACAGACAACUGCCUGUACUACUUUGAGUACACAACAGAUAAGGAGCCUCGUGGAAUCAUCCCCUUAGAGAACCUCAGUAUCAGAGAGGUGGAGGAACCCAGGAAACCAAACUGCUUCGAGCUCUACAACCCCAACCACAAGGGUUCGGUGAUCAAGGCGUGUAAGACGGAGGCGGACGGCCGGGUCGUCGAGGGCAACCACACAGUGUACAGGAUAUCGGCGCCCACGACUGAGGAGAAAGAGGAGUGGAUCAAGUCCAUCAAGGCGAGCAUCAGCAGGGAUCCCUUCUACGAUAUGUUGGCCACCAGGAAAAGACGGAUUGCCAACAAGAAAUGAGGAGGGACAUUCCUUCCAGGGACACCCCUCAUCCCAGGACAUCCCAAACUGGGACACCUCAAACCCCCUUUCCUCAGCCCACCAAUCCUCUUCCCCAGACAGAUCUUACUCAUGAAGUUAAACCCCACUUCCACACUCCCCCUCCCUCCUCACCCAUCCCUCCCUCCACUCCCACGGACAGACUCCACUCAUGAAGUUCCCUCCCUACUAUCCCUCUCCCCCUGGACCCCCAGAACCCAACUUGUCACUAGAGAGAUGGUUGGCCAACCAAAGAUAGCCAUCUGACCCUUCAGACCCUGAUAGAACCCGCACCCGGUCUUGAAGACAACGAGGACAGGCUCCGGUCUUGAAGACAGCCCCCCUCCCCAUUCUGGACACUUCCCCAGCCGUGGCUGCAGUACCAGGGGCUGGAGUUACAGGGAUAUGACGUCCCAGGACUAAAGCAGAGGACCAAUAUAUGUACCAACACAGGGAGACAUCCUUCUAUAGGACCAGUGUGGUUCAGCCACACUACAGAUUACCAAGGGAAGCCAGUGGGAUGUAUUAACAUGUAUUAACACACAUUCUCUCUUUCUCUCUCUGGCUUUCUUGUCUCUUUACUCCCCCGCACUGCCCUCCUGUGUUCCCCACAUUCCAUCUGAUUACUUCCAUGUGUUUCUAGCAGGGGUUGGAACAGAAAUUAUUUCCCAAUCAUUCCAUUCCGAGCAGAAAAACAUUUUUUUUCAUUCCGUUCCAGUGUUCCGACCAGAAAAUAAAGUUCUGAACCAGUUCCAACCCCCCAAAAAGUAACAGCUUAUAUAGUUCCUUUUCAUCAAAUGUUUAACCUGUGAAAUCAACAUGCGUUUUUACGUUUAGCAAAUCUAUUUACUCCACCAAUUAGUGCCAUAGCAGCUUGCUAUGGAACGGGUUAGAUUGUUGUUUACAUUUUUAAUUGGUCACAUAAGUGCAGGUGUGAGAUGUGACUGAAAUUUCAUGGGUGGGGCAAGAGAGAGAGAGAGAGAGAGAGAGAGAGAGAGAGGUGGAUAUGGAGGGGGCUUGGCUUGAAGCUCUAAACAUCAUGGCAGGACUUGAAUUAGAAUGUGUGUAGGGUAUUACUAGCCUUAUAACUUCACUGAAUUACCAAAUAGUUUAUACUAGAAUUGAUUUGUAUUUAUUUUUGGAACUCAAAAGAACAUUAUUACCUGGUUCUCAAGAUUUGAAAAUAACAGUUAUGUUCCAGAACACUAGAGAUCACUUUUGUACAAGGUUCUGUUUCUGUUCCUCAAAACAUUUAUUUAUUUUUCCUGUUCUGUUCCCUGAACUGGUUCCAACCCCUGCUUUCUAGGUGUCUUCUGCAUUUGGGCAACUUGAAAAGCAAAACUGCAAUUUUUCACAUACACAUGCAUGUAUGUCUGUUUGUAGAUAUACCAUAAAGUGCGUUUAGAAGUGGGUGUGCCAACUUGUGUGUGUAUCUACACAGUAUAUAUGCAUGUAUGUAUGUAUGUAAACACAGUAGUGUGCAAGCCAAGAGCAGACAUUUAACACGACUAUCUUAAUGCCAUCUCUGACAUCCAUUAUACAGAAAAGUUUUUGUGUGAUCAUUUAUGAAGAUGGUAGAAAAACAGAGUUCCUCUUGUGAAUGUUCAGGUGGAUGGAGAGACAUGGCAGAAAGAGGAGAGCGGAUGUGAGAGAUGGAGUGAGUGUGUCAGAGAGGGAGGGAAGGAGAGAAAGUUCCAGGGCUGCAGUAACCAUACAUGGACAUGUGACCUGACCAGGAACAAAUCUGGGCCUUACACUCCUGGCCCUAAACAUAAGCCAUGUAAUCAUCCCACUAUGGUGCUCAACUCUUUUUCCCAGGUGCCAUUGCAGCAGUUCUGCUGCAAUCUCAGAAUACAAAAGCUAGGUUAAGGCUGAAAUUAGGAAGACAAAACCUAGAAAAACUACAACAUUACAGUCUUGAGUCAGCUGGACUGAUUCCAUACAUUGUGUGGACCACAGAAUAUUAAAAUGUGCAUACUUUUUACUUUGGUUGUGAAUUAUAGGGGUGGUUACAUGGACCUAUAUUUAGUCUACGAUUGGAGUGUCUGCAAUGCAACUGAACAAACUUUGAAAAUGUGUUGUAGUCUAAGAGUAUGCUUGAAUAUGGGUUUGUGAAACAGUCCAAUAGGGUACCAGUCAUUUUAAGCUUUUCUUUCAGUGUCUCGAGGUCCAAACCUAUGCCAACUGCAUCAGUGAGGGGCGAUGCGUUGAUGUGACCCGUAUGCUUUUCAUUUGUAACCCAAGAUCCUUGCUUGCUUUUUGUGUUCCCCUUACAAAAUAUAAUCUACCAUCUUGUUUGUAUUUAUUUUCUUUGUCAAAUGGUUCCAUUCUGUCCGUAAGCGUUAAAACUAAAGACUUAAGUUAUGUAUAUGUAAAUAAUGUAUAGGUUUUAUGGGUCUCCUUUUUGUUGUUGUAUGAAUACUCUGAAACAUUUUACACCUACUGGCUGUACUUUGCAUCAGGUCAGUUUGGGGUCUUCUGUACACAAGUCAAAAACAUGAUCAUAAACAAAUACUAUAUAACGUGAUGUCAGGAAAAGUCCAUUUCCAGCAGGUAUGAGGAUGAUAAUGAUGGCGAUGGGGGUGAUGAUGUGGAUGAAUAGGAUAUGGGUGGUAGUAAUACUGAUGAUGAUGAUGAUGAUGGUAAGGCAGAUGUUGAGGAUGAAUAGGAUAUGGGUGGUAGUAAUACUGAUGAUGAUGAUGAUGAUGAUGAUGAUGAUGAUGAUGAUGGUAAGGCAGAUGUUGAGGAUGAAUAGGAUAUGGGUGGUAGUAAUACUGAUGAUGAUGAUGAUGAUGAUAAGGCAGAUGUUGAGGAUGAAUAGGAUAUGGGUGGUAGUAAUAUUGAUGAUGGUGAUGAUGAUGAUGAUAAGGCAGAUGUUGAGGAUGAAUAGGAUAUGGGUGGUAGUAAUAUUGAUGAUGGUGAUGAUGAUGAUGAUAAGGCAGAUGUUGAGGAUGAAUAGGAUAUGGGUGGUAGUAAUAUUGAUGAUGGUGAUGAUGAUGAUGAUAAGGCAGAUGUUGAGGAUGAAUAGGAUAUGGGUGGUAGUAAUAUUGAUGAUGGUGAUGAUGAUGAUAAGGCAGAUGUUGAGGAUGAAUAGGAUAUGGGUGGUAGUAAUACUGAUGAUGAUGAUAAGUUAGAUGUCGAGGAUGAAUAGGAUAUGGGUGGUAGUAAUAUUGAUGAUGGUGAUGAUGAUGAUAAGGCAGAUGUUGAGGAUGAAUAGGAUAUGGGUGGCAGUAAUACUGAUGAUGAUGAUGAUGAUGAUAAGGCAGAUGUUGAGGAUGAAUAGGAUAUGGGUGGUAGUAAUACUGAUGAUGAUGAUAAGGCAGAUGUUGAGGAUGAAUAGGAUAUGGGUGGUAGUAAUACUGAUGAUGAUGAUGAUGAUGAUAAGGCAGAUGUUGAGGAUGAAUAGGAUAUGGGUGGUAGUAAUAUUGAUGAUGGUGAUGAUGAUGAUGAUAAGGCAGAUGUUGAGGAUGAAUAGGAUAUGGGUGGUAGUAAUAUUGAUGAUGGUGAUGAUGAUGAUAAGGCAGAUGUUGAGGAUGAAUAGGAUAUGGGUGGUAGUAAUACUGAUGAUGAUGAUGAUGAUGAUAAGGCAGAUGUUGAGGAUGAAUAGGAUAUGGGUGGUAGUAAUAUUGAUGAUGGUGAUGAUGAUGAUAAGGCAGAUGUUGAGGAUGAAUAGGAUAUGGGUGGUAGUAAUACUGAUGAUGAUGAUAAGUUAGAUGUCGAGGAUGAAUAGGAUAUGGGUGGUAGUAAUAUUGAUGAUGGUGAUGAUGAUGAUAAGGCAGAUGUUGAGGAUGAAUAGGAUAUGGGUGGCAGUAAUACUGAUGAUGAUGAUGAUGAUGAUAAGGCAGAUGUUGAGGAUGAAUAGGAUAUGGGUGGUAGUAAUACUGAUGAUGAUGAUAAGGCAGAUGUUGAGGAUGAAUAGGAUAUGGGUGGUAGUAAUACUGAUGAUGAUGAUGAUGAUGAUAAGGCAGAUGUUGAGGAUGAAUAGGAUAUGGGUGGUAGUAAUAUUGAUGAUGGUGAUGAUGAUGAUGAUAAGGCAGAUGUUGAGGAUGAAUAGGAUAUGGGUGGUAGUAAUAUUGAUGAUGGUGAUGAUGAUGAUGAUAAGGCAGAUGUUGAGGAUGAAUAGGAUAUGGGUGGUAGUAAUAUUGAUGAUGGUGAUGAUGAUGAUGAUAAGGCAGAUGUUGAGGAUGAAUAGGAUAUGGGUGGUAGUAAUAUUGAUGAUGGUGAUGAUGAUGAUAAGGCAGAUGUUGAGGAUGAAUAGGAUAUGGGUGGUAGUAAUACUGAUGAUGAUGAUAAGUUAGAUGUCGAGGAUGAAUAGGAUAUGGGUGGUAGUAAUAUUGAUGAUGGUGAUGAUGAUGAUAAGGCAGAUGUUGAGGAUGAAUAGGAUAUGGGUGGCAGUAAUACUGAUGAUGAUGAUAAGGCAGAUGUUGAGGAUGAAUAGGAUAUGGGUGGUAGUAAUAUUGAUGAUGGUGAUGAUGAUGAUAAGGCAGAUGUUGAGGAUGAAUAGGAUAUGGGUGGCAGUAAUACUGAUGAUGAUGAUAAGGCAGAUGUUGAGGAUGAAUAGGAUAUGGGUGGUAGUAAUACUGAUGAUGAUGACGAUGAUGAUGAUGAUGAUGAUGAUAAGGCAGAUGUUGAGGAUGAAUAGGAUAUGGGUGGCAGUAAUAUUGACGAUGAUGAAAGUGAUGAUGUCCGAACUAUAAUGCUGACUGAUAAAGUUGAAUCCAGUAGAGUUUUUCUAUGUGUUUGUAAGAUAUGACCCCUGAUCUCAGAGCAGAAUAUUACCUUCUACUGCCCCUUGUGUGGGGCUAUAGCUAAAUGAACUUUUCUAUCUCUGUAAAAGCUAUUGGUCACAUUGUACAUUACGUGGAAAGCUGCAUAAAGUAUACAAAGACUA